AUGCCGUCCCUCAAACAUGCCUUCGCUUGGACGGCGUACAAGUUCGCUUCGACCGUAUUAGAUGAUAUCUGGCCUAUGGUGCUUUUCUUCUCUGGUAUAGCCACGAUGGUAUGCUGCGUCAGUAGAUUCACCAGUACUAGUCUGGGUAUCAAUUCAGUGAUGCUCACCGUGCUCGGUACUAUCGUCUCUUUGAUCGUCUCGUUCAAGACAAACAGCUCCUACGGAAGAUGGUGGGAUGGACGUAACGUUUGGUCCAACUUGACCUCUAAUUCUAGGCAAUUAGCAAUGAUAUUCUGGAUGCAGGUACCCAACGCACCUCCACCACCCAAAGAUGACGAUAAGAAGAAAGAUGAUAAAGACAAAGAAAAGGAGAAGGAGCAAGUGAAGAAGGAAUUAUCAAGAGAAACGUUAGAUGGAUAUAGUACGGCACCGUCUUCUACUCAUUCUUCGUCGUCCUCAUCGGAUGCAGCUGAGAACCAAGAAGAGAUUGAGAAGAGGAAGAAGGAAGAGGAAAAAGCUAGGCUGAAUAUGCAGGGAUUGAUUGAGAAGAAGACUUAUAUCGGUUUGGUUCAAGCAUUCGCUGUAUCGAUGAAACAUGCUCUCCGAGGUGAAACGGGACCAUUCUAUUCUGAUCUCUACCACCUGAUCGCUUUUUUACCUAAAUACAACCCAUCGGCCUACCCACCAAUCAACCGAUCACAUAUCCUUGCGCUAUGGCAGAACGGCUUACCUCGUGAGAAAGCUGGAAAAUUCACCAAUUCCAUUGCUGUUCCCUUAACUACCUCUGUGGCAUUUAGGACUGAUGCGCUUAAUCAACGUGAUAACAUCCCUGAUCCAUUCCUCGAUCCCGAAAAAGGUUUAUCUAAUGGAACGUAUACUGGCUCGACUACCGAUCCCAAAGCAUUUAAGAAUUUAGCUAUCCAAAGUGCCAAGUCGUUCGUUCAGGUUGAUAAUCCCGAUGUAUUCGCUUUGAGCCGACAGAGAUCGUCUUUGCAAACUGUUAGAUCGGGUAAACCAGGUUUGGGAGGUGGAUUAGGUUCAGAAGGAGAGAAUAUCACUUUGACAACUAUUGAAUUGAUGCCACCUAGACAUCCGCCUACACCCAAGAUGUGGGAUUUCUUCCCUCCCCUUAGAAUUUUCAAGAUAGUUUACGAUUGGUUCAGAUGGCAUAAGAUUGGAGAAGAUAAUGAGAGGGCAAAAGGAGGGAAGAGAAAGAGGAAAAUCGGUAGUACGAUGGAAAUACCUCAGGAGAUCUUGAUGUAUCUCCAAGCAUACAUCACCGACCUGAUAACCCGAGGAUUAUUGCAUUCCUCCCUAAUCUCACCGACACUAACGACAUUAAUGGAAUUGCAGAAAGCCAUAUCGGACCUUGAAAAACUAGCCACAGAGAAAAUACCCAGCGCAUAUACUUUUCAUCUCAGAUUGACGGUAUACAUAUACUUGUUCUUCCUCCCAUUUCAGGUAUACAAUUAUAUCGGAUGGGUGACUAUCCCAGCGGUGGCUCUGACAGCUACGAUUUAUUUAGGUUUCUUGGAGAUAGGGAUGCAGAUCGAGAUGCCCUUUGCGUAUGAUCAGAGUGAUUUGGAUUUGGAUAAGUAUGUUCUGAGGAUCGCUCAUCAGAUCGCUCAGGUGACUGCGUUCCCUACGCACAUCCCGGCCUCUCAUGUAGUUCUCUCACACUUGAAUCAGCCUUUCCUCCCAUCGUUAGAUAUGAGCGCACCUGAUAUCCUAGGUAUACCCGAACGUCAACCUCGUCCUACUGAAAAAGGUUCCGCCCACUCUUGGUGUUCGUAUGAUGGUAAACAUGCGCACGAUAAGGAAGGAUUGAGAAAGAGGAAAGUGAAAUCACCUGAGGAAGCUCAUAAAGAUGGUGUUGAACAUCAUGAACACUUACUCAACCAUGACCGCAAUCAUCUUCAUACCAACGAAGAGGAAGAGGAAGAAGAGGUGAUGGCUAAGCCUUUGGCUAGGAAUAUGAGGGAUAUAGAAAUGGUCUUGAAUGCCAAUUGGAGGGAAAUCACGGCUGAGACGGAAGAUUUCAUAGGUAAACCUAGGGAUCAGUUGGAAAACAGGACUGGGUUGGAAGUGGCCGUUUUGACUUUGUGA